GAUACUGGAGUGGAUGCAGGACGUGGGACGCUGAUGCUGAUGCUGGGUAACCCGCACAGUGAUGGAGCGGCGACGACGCUGAAAAGGAUGCAGUAAACACCCUUGUCAAUCCGUGAAGGGGCUUUUCUUACGGACUCUCAGUGUUACAGAACCUUGGGAGAUGUAUGGUAGCGCGCGCGCCGUCAGCCACAUCGAGGGCAGCCCUGCUCGCUCCCCGCGGCUGCCCCGCUCUCCUCGGUUGGGCCACCGUCGAGCCAACAGUGGCAGUUCGAGCGGCAAGACCUUAUCCAUGGAGAACAUCCAGUCCCUCAAUGCUGCCUACGCAACAUCUGGCCCAAUGUACCUAAGUGACCAUGAAGCCAUCGGAUCCACUGCUACUUACCCUAAAGGCACCAUGACGCUCGGUCGGGCCACGAGUCGAGCAAUGUACGGUGGUCGGGUCACGGCCAUGGGCAGCACCCCUAAUAUCGCAACGGCGGGACUCCAUCACGCCGACCUGCUGUCUUAUGGCGACCUGGGCUCGCUGUCUAUGCUCCACCACCAGGGGACACCAUCGGCCCUGCUGCGACAGGCGGUCAGGGGCGGUGGAGGUGAACUUUUGGAGCUCCAGGCGCAGCUACUGGACAUGCACAGGGAAAACGAGCUACUUCGGAGGGAGCUGGACCUUAAGGACAGCAAGCUGGGCUCUUCCACCAACAGCAUCAAGAGCUUCUGGAGCCCCGAGCUGAAGAAAGAACGCGUGAUGAGGAAAGAGGAGGCAGCGCGCACUUCAAUCCUUAAAGAACAGAUGCGGGUGACCCACGAGGAGAAUCAGCACCUGUUGGACGCCAGGAGGACAAAGCACCUCCAGUUGACCAUCCAGGCCCUGCAGGACGAGUUGAGGACUCAACGCGACCUCAACCAUCUUCUCCAGCAGGAGAGUGGGUCGCGGGCCAGUGGCGGAGAACACUUCACCACCAUCGAGCUGACCGAAGAGAACUUCCGUCGACUCCAAGCCGAACACGACCGUCAGGCCAAAGAGCUCUUCCUCUUGAGGAAGACGCUGGAAGAGAUGGAGCUGAGGAUUGAGACGCAGAAACAGACGCUGGGAGCCAGAGACGAGUCCAUAAAGAAGCUGUUGGAGAUGCUGCAGAGUAAAGGGCUUCCCCCAGCCUCAGGAAGAGCAUCAAAUGAGGAAGAGCAAGAGCGAGCCAGGCGUAUCGCAGAGGCCGAAGCUCAGCUGGGCCACCUAGAGGUGAUAUUAGACCAGAAGGAGAAGGAAAACCUCCAUCUGAGAGAGGAGCUUCAUCGGAGAAACCAGCUUCACCCAGACCCUGGAAAAACUAAAGCUCUUCAGACUAUCAUAGAGAUGAAGGACACCAAAAUCGCAUCCCUGGAACGCAACAUUCGGGACCUGGAGGAUGAGAUACAGAUGUUAAAGGCGAAUGGAUUGCUGAACACGGAGGAUCGAGAGGAGGAGAUCAAACAGAUGGAGGUCUACAAAAACCACUCCAAGUUCAUGAAGACCAAGAUUGACCAGCUCAAGCAGGAGCUCUCAAAAAAAGAGUCUGAGCUUUUAGCUCUGCAAACAAAACUAGAAACUCUGAAUAAUCAGAAUUCAGACUGCAAACAGCAUAUUGAAGUGCUCAAAGAGUCUCUCACUGCCAAAGAGCAACGUGCUGCCAUCCUACAGACAGAGGUGGACGCUCUUAGAUUGCGUCUGGAAGAGAAGGAAUCUUUCCUUAAUAAGAAGACGAAGCAACUGCAAGACUUGACAGAGGAGAAGGGAACACUGGCCGGGGAGAUCAGAGACAUGAAAGACAUGCUGGAAGUCAAAGAACGCAAGAUAAACGUCCUGCAGAAGAAGAUUGAGAACCUUCAGGAGCAGCUGAGGGAUAAAAAUAAACAGCUCGGGAAUCUAAAGGACAGGGUGAAGUCUCUCCAGACGGACUCCAGCAACACUGAUACUGCCCUCGUCACGCUAGAGGAAGCCCUGUCUGAGAAGGAACGAAUUAUCGAGCGCCUGAAAGAGCAAAGGGAGAGGGAAGACCGAGAGAGAAUGGAGGAGGUGGACUCAUAUAAAAAAGAGAAUAAAGACCUUAAAGAGAGGGUGAACUCUUUACAAGUGGAGCUAACAGAGAAAGAGUCGAGUCUCAUAGAUUUAAAAGAACACGCCUCCUCGCUGGCCUCGUCAGGUGUUAAGAAAGACUCCAAACUCAAGUCCCUUGAGAUCGCAAUCGAGCAGAAGAAAGAGGAAUGCAGUAAACUGGAGACACAGUUACAAAAGCAAGCAGAGCAGCUGUUCAGUCAAAUGAACAAUCCCAAGGCUCAUGAAGUGGAGGUGCAGCAAAGCUCACGAGGGAACCCUGAGUAUGUGGACCGAGUCAAACUUCUGGAAAAGGAGGUGUCUUUCUACAAAGAUGAGUCCAGCAAAUCCCAGGUCGAGGUCGAGAGGUUACUGGAGAUUCUGAGUGAGGUGGAGACGGAGAAAAACGACAAGGAUAAGAAGAUCGCAGAACUGGAAAGUCUUGCGCCCAGGCAAACCAAGGAUCAAAAUAAAAAGGGCCCAGGCAUCAAGCUUGGUCCUCAGAUGGACAAGAAAGGCCCUGGGAAUAUCUUGCAAGAUCAACGCAAGGAUAAUCCAAUGGACAAUCCAAAGAUGGAGGAGCUGAUGAAUGUUUUGGAAAAGACAAGGCAGGAGUUGGACGCCACUAAGCAGCGUCUGUCCUCCACCCAACAGUCUCUGGCUGAGAGAGACGGCCAUCUGACCAACCUCCGACAGGAGCGCAGAAAACAGCUCGAGGAAAUCUUGGAGAUGAAACAACAGGCUCUGCUCGCUGCUAUCAGUGAGAAGGAUGCUAACAUCGCUUUGCUAGAGCUGUCCUCCUCCAAUAAGAAGAAGACACACGAGGAGGUGCUGGCCCUGAAACGAGAGAAAGACAGACUGAUGCAUCAGCUCAAACAACAGACACAGAGCAGGAUGAAAUUGAUUGCCAACAACUACGAACCCACAGCAGCACCC